AUAAAAAAACAAAACAAAAAAAAUAGUAGAAAAACCAAAACCCUAAAACCCUUUCUCUUCCAUUUCCUCAAACCCUAAAACCCUUUCUCUCAAUCUUCCAAAAUGGGAAGCAGCCAAGCCGCAGCCUCCAUCCUCAACAACAUCGCCCGCGCCGCCUUCGGUCUCGGCGCCGCCGCCACCGCCGUCAACUCCUCCCUCUACACCGUCGACGGCGGCCAACGCGCCGUCCUCUUCGACCGUUUCCGCGGCAUCCUCGAACAAUCAAUCGGCGAAGGCACUCACUUCCUCAUCCCAUGGGUCCAGAAGCCCUACAUCUUCGACAUCCGCACUCGUCCUCACACGUUCUCCUCGAUCUCCGGUACCAAGGAUCUCCAGAUGGUGAAUCUCACCCUCCGUGUUCUUUCGCGGCCUGAUACGGAACGGCUUCCGACGAUUGUGCAGAAUCUUGGAUUGGAGUAUGAUGAGAAGGUUCUUCCUUCGAUUGGGAAUGAGGUGCUGAAGGCGGUUGUUGCUCAGUUUAAUGCGGAUCAGCUGCUUACGGAUCGGCCGCAGGUUUCGGCGCUGGUUAGGGAUAGUCUCGUGAGGCGGGCGAAGGAUUUUAAUAUUCUUCUUGAUGAUGUUGCUAUUACUCAUUUGUCUUAUGGUGCUGAAUUCUCUAGGGCCGUUGAGCAGAAGCAGGUGGCACAACAAGAGGCUGAGAGGUCUAAAUUUGUUGUGAUGAAGGCAGAACAGGAGCGACGUGCUGCAAUUAUCCGUGCUGAAGGAGAAAGUGAUGCUGCCAAGCUGAUUUCUGAUGCUACUGCGUCUGCUGGUAUGGGGUUGAUUGAGCUUAGGAGGAUCGAGGCUUCCAGGGAAGUGGCCUCUACUUUGGCUAAGUCUCCUAAUGUCUCUUACCUUCCUGGUGGAAAGAACAUUCUCAUGGCUCUCAACCCUUCACGUUAAUGAGGGGCUCGAUGACAUGGGGUCAUAGCAUGCUUGGAUUGGAUCAUUGUCACGAGGCGCGCCUUUGUUAAACGUCUAUUUUUUCCUACUUUGUAGAUACUGUCUCAUCUGAGCUCUGUUUCAUAUGAUGUUAGAAGGAUUUGGAUCUUAAUGUUUGAUAAUUGCAGAAUAAUUAAAUGCAAGUCAUACAAGGUUAGACUGA